AAAUUUCUUACUCUAAGAUUUUAAUUCUCUCUUAAUACAUUUUUUUUUAUAUUUGUUACAACAUCUUGUUCUGGAGAAAUAUUUUACAUAGGAAAAUAAUCGGGAUGGGGGAACGCGAAUAAUCUUUUUUAUUUCAAUAAUUUUCACAGUUUCGCGGGGGACCUCUUAACAGCGUAAUCAUGUAGAUCUAUCAGCCACGCUCAUCACGUAACUGAUUUCUACAAAAUUUGGAGAGAAGUCGUAUUAGAAUGAUCAGCAUUCUGCCUCACGUGUAUCUACGUGGUCGCGACGACUGUGUCUCCUUAUAUUGUUGGAAGAAGAUAGCACAGAAGAUAAUGCGAAUAAAUAACGAUGUUUUAUCCAUCCAUAAAAAAGAGGUGAUUGUGAAGCCCACAUCAGUAUCGCGAAAACUGUAAGAAGACGAGGUUUGUUCCCGGCCGAUUGUUCUUCGAGAUCGCGAGGAAUAUUUGUCGAAGACAAAUUCUGUGAGACUGCGAUCUACAAAGCUGUGUCGAGAUCUUGACAUUAAUCAUGCAUGGAAUACGACUUGCGUUUGUCACGACUGCUGUCGUGAGCGCUGGUAUGGCUGUUUUUGUAAUCUGGGGAUGGUGGACUAAAAAACAGAAGCUUCAGCCGCCGUCAAAAUGGCGAAAGGUCGGAGAACUUAACGAUAUAAUGGUAUUCCCUAUUAAAUCGCUAGGCAUAAUUCGCAUGAAGGAAAUGGAAUGUACUACAUUGGGCCUGAGAUUGAAUUGGUUGAAGGAUCGAAUGUUGAUGGUCAUCGAUCUCAAAGGACAAUUUCUUAGCGCCAGACAAUUGCCCAAAAUGAUCAAUAUAUCACCCGAAUUUUCUGAUUCCAUAUUGACGCUUCGUGCUCCGGAUAUGAUGUCGAUAUCGAUAGAUCUUGCUCAGCUUUGUGGCAAAAGUUUCCGAGCCACUGUUUGGGGUCAAGCGGUACCGGCGCGUGAUUGUGGUGAAGAAGUUGCUCGAUGGCUAUCACGUUUCCUUCUUCAGGAGGAUGCUGGACUUAGGUUGGUUUACUAUCCAUUAGAUCGACCAGCGAAAGAAAUGCAUAAAAGAAAUGUAAAUUUCUUUCCAUUACUAACAACAAUGGAUACCGGAGCCUAUGCAGAUGAUUCAAGUUUUUCUCUGAUCAAUGAAGCUUCGGUAGCAGACCUUAAUAGCCGACUGGAUGAACCUGUCAUGCCGCAGAAUUUCCGGAUGAAUUUUGUGGUCAAAAGUGCCACUGCUUAUGAGGAAGAUAAAUGGGACUGGGUAAAAAUCGGAGACGUGAUUUUCAGAAAUGUUAGACCUUGUAUAAGAUGCACUAUUACUACGGUGAAACCAGAAACUGGCAUAAAAAGUGCCAAAGUUGAACCAUUGAAAACUUUAAAAAGUUACAGACAAAUAACCAAUCCGAAAAUUCGACCCACAGUUGGCGACAGUCCAGUUAUGGGAAUUCUCCUUGGUUUGCGAGGACCAAAUGGAAUUGUUCGUAUAGGCGAUACGGUUUAUGUGGGUAUCCCAGAGGAAGAAGCACCGUCUUUGACUUCAUCAUCAUAACUACACCGGGAGGAUUCCUGCGAGAGUUUCAAAUAUGAACAGAGCAUUGACUUGAUGGUCGAAGGUAAGAAAGUUUGAAAAGCGGAAUCCACAAUCAGUAAAUAUGAAAUAUUUAAAAAAACAUUUAUAUUAUACGAUUCUGUGAAUAAGAUAUUUUUAAUUAAAAAUGUAUAUACGAUUGAGAUCUUUCUCUCAACGAAACAUAACAUCGAAAUAUAAAAUUGUAAACUAUGAAUACAAUAAGUGAUGUAUAAUCGUUAUCUUAUACAAAAUAGUAAAUUCCGUACUACUAUGAGGAUAAAAAAUAAACAACGAUGCGGAAUUAAAUAAUCCUAAUUUUGUAACCGAUUUAAAUCUCUUUAAUUUUUGUGUCAUGGUAUUGCA